AUGGCCGACUCAUGGGAACAAGAGGAGGAUAAGCUCUCGCAGCAGGCUCAGAACUUGAACAUUGGAGGCAACCCUCAGGCCCAGUCGUUCAGGCCCGGCGCAUCAUCUUUCACUCCAGGCGCUCAAUCUUUCACACCUGGCCAGCAAUUCCAGCAGUACGGAGGGGGCUACGGCCAGCAACAGUACGGCCAAUACUACAACCAGCAGCAAUACGGAGGAUACCCCCAGUAUGGUCAACAACAGCAGUACGGCCAAUACCAACAACAGUACGGAAAUCAAUACCAGCAGCAGCAGGGCUUCGGAAACCAGUACGGCGGACAGUACCAGCAGCAGGGUUUCCAAUCCCAACAGCAGCAGCCUCGCCAGGCGCCCGUUCAGAUUGCUAAGAGGCCGGCGGCCGGCGAGUCCGCAGACCAAGCAGCUGCACCUGCAGCUGCGCCGGCCGCAGAGAAGAAGGAUGCAGCACCUAAGGCACCCAAGGUCUUGAGCAUCUCUGGCGACACAGCUGCAGCACCUAAGGCGAAGGUACUCACCAUCGGUGCGGAGACCGCAGCGCCUAAGGUGGAGAAGACUGGGGGCACCAAGGUCCUCUCGCUCGGCACACCUGCUGCUGCUCCCUCGGCAGCAAAGGAGAAUGCCGACAAAUCGGCCCCCGAGGCUGGCAAGAAGGUUACCGCCACCAAGGCCAUCGAGAAGACCGGUGAGCCCACAAAGUCAUCCACGUCAACCGGUCGCACAUCCCCUACCCCGUCCUCCGGGCGCAACUCACCAGCUCGCGCACCCGAGAACCGAGUUGCUACCCGCACCGAUGCCGUCGAGAAAGAGCAGGCCGAAGAGGUUGAGGAGGAGUUGCUUCAAGAGAUGUAUGGAAAGGAGCACGUCAACGUGAUUUUCUUGGGCCACGUCGAUGCUGGAAAGUCGACUCUGGGCGGGUCCAUCCUCUAUGCGACUGGUAUGGUUGAUGAAAGAACAAUGGACAAAUUGAAGCGAGAGGCCAAGGAGGCUGGUCGUGAAACAUGGUAUCUCUCAUGGGCUUUGGAUCUUACCAAGGAGGAGCGUAUGCAGGGAAAGACUGUCGAGGUUGGUCGUGGAUUCUUCGAGACAGAGAAGCGACGAUACUCCAUCCUGGAUGCCCCUGGUCACAAAACAUUCGUCCCCAGCAUGAUUGGAGGAGCCUCACAAGCAGAUCUUGGUAUUUUGGUCAUUUCUGCCCGUAAGGGAGAAUACGAGACUGGAUUCGAAAAGGGUGGUCAGACCCGAGAGCAUGCCAUUCUGGCAAAGACACAGGGUGUUAACAAGCUUUUGAUCGCUGUCAACAAGAUGGACGACCCAACAGUCGAGUGGUCAGAGGAGCGCUACAAGGAGUGCUUGACUAAGCUCACCACUUUCCUCAAGGGUGUUGGCUUCAACCCCAAGACCGAUCUUGCCUUCAUGCCCGUCAGCGCGCAGACCCUCACAGGUAUCAAGGAUCGUGUGCCCAAGGAUGUGUGCCCAUGGUACGACGGUCCAUCGCUAUUGGAGUACCUUGACAACAUGAAGUCGCUUGAGCGUAAACUCAACGCACCCUUCAUGAUGCCUAUCGCAGCCAAGUACCGUGAUCUUGGAACCAUGAUCGAGGGCAAGAUUGAGUCCGGCCUCAUCAAGAAGGAGAACAAGUAUCUCAUGAUGCCAAACAGACAGACCAUCAGCAUCUCCGCACUCUACGGCGAGACAGAGGAUGAAAUCCCGGCAGCCACCUGCGGUGAGCAAGUGCGCAUCCGUCUCCGUGGUGUCGAGGAGGAAGAUAUCUUGCCCGGAUUUGUUUUGUGCUCUCCCAAGCGACCGGUGCACUGUGUGUCAGCCUUCGAAGCACAGAUUGUGCUGCUAGACAUCAAGUCGAUUCUCAGCGCCGGAUUCAACUGUGUGCUUCACGUGCACGCCGCACAGGAAGAAGUCACAUUCACUUCCCUGCUCCACAAGCUCCAAAAAGGUACCAACAGGAAGAGCAAGAAGCCCCCGGGCUUCGCCAAGAAGGGCGACAGCAUCAUUGCUCGAUUGGACGUCACGGGUGCUGCUGGCAACAUCUGCGUGGAACGAUUCGAGGACUACCCACAGCUUGGUCGUUUCACAUUGCGCGACCAAGGACAAACCAUUGCCAUUGGAAAGAUCACCAAGCUCAUCACCGACGCUGCUGCCGAGGCUUAA